AUGGGAGAAGAAGGGGAAGAUACACAGAAGCUGAAGAGAAUGGCGGCGGCGGCGUACGAUUACAACACCGACCCACGAUGGGCGGACUAUUGGUCCAACGUUCUCGUUCCACCCAACAUGGCAUCCCGCUCCGAUGUUAUUAAUCACUAUAAGCGCAAGUUCUACCAGCGUUACAUUGAUCCCAAUCUGAUUGUUGAGUCAAUGACUACUGGCAGUACAUCUCAGCAAGCAAGACCAUCAGCAACAUCUUCGUCAACUUCUGCGACAAAUAGUAAUUCACAUACACAGAAUUCAGGUUCUGCCGGUAGAACUACGGGCACGGACAGAACACCAGCUCCGAAUUCAACAUCGUUGCGUUGGGAUAAACAAACUAUUCAAUUUUCUGUCAAUGCUUGGGUCUCUGCGGUUGCCGUUCUUGCUAUCUUUCCUCUUGUUCCUAAGAAUCUGUCAAACCGGGCAUUUCGGCUUUCCUUCAUGGGGACUGCAUGUUCUUCUCUGUAUUCAUUAUAUUCAUUAUAUGGGAAACCUAGAGCAUGGAACUUGCAGGCGCUGCAAGUUUGGUUUCAAUCAGUGGCAGUUACCAAAGAUUUUAUCUACUCCAUUUACUGCCUCACCUUUGUCACUUCAAAUCUGUGCCUCAAAUUUGCUUUGAUUCCAAUUUUGUGUUUGUCCCUUCAGCAUGUUGCAAAGUUCCUUCGGCGUAACUUUAGCGGAUCCACCUUGUACAGGAAAUACUUGGAAGAGGCCUGUGUUUGGAUUGAUUCAAAUACAACAACACUUAGCAUUCUGUCUUCACAGGCUGAGAUUGGACUUGGAUUUCUUCUGAUUCUCUCUCUUUUCUCGUGGCAGCGCAACAUUGUACAAGCAUUUAUGUAUUGGCAGCUUUUAAAGCUUAUGUACCAGGCCCCUGCAACUGCCGGUUACCAUCAAAGUGCAUGGGCCAGGAUCGGGAGGACCUUAAAUCCACUAAUCUAUCGCUAUGUACCUUUCCUGAACACCCCAAUUAGUGCUAUUCAGAAAUUGUGGUUUAGGUAA